CACCGUAAGAAUCUUCCCGAAUGCUCCCGCCACGAGUCCCAGUCGCCUCCUCUUCUUCUCCGCCGCUUCGCGAGGCCAGGCCCUCCUCCAGGCCCGCGGAAUAUGGUUUCUAGUUUUAGGGUUUCUGAACUGCAAGUGUUACUAGGCUUUGCUGGACGGAAUAAAAGUGGACGCAAGCAUGACCUCCUGAUGAGGGCACUGCAUUUAUUGAAGAGCGGCUGCAGCCCUGCGGUUCAGAUUAAAAUCCGAGAAUUGUAUAGACGCCGAUAUCCACGGACUCUGGAAGGCCUUUCUGACUUGUCUGCAAUCAAAUCAUCAGUUUUCAGUCUGGAUGGUGGCUCAUCACCAGUAGAGCCUGACUUGGCUGUGGCUGGAAUCCACUCGUUGCCUUCCACUUCAAUUACACCUCACUCACCGUCCUCUCCUGUUGGUUCUGUGCUGCUUCAGGAUACUAAGCCCACAUUUGAGAUGCAGCAGCCAUCUCCCCCAAUUCCUCCUGUCCAUCCUGAUGUGCAGUUAAAAAACCUGCCCUUUUAUGACGUCCUUGAUGUUCUCAUCAAGCCCACAAGUUUAGUUCAAAGCAGUAUUCAACGAUUUCAAGAAAAAUUUUUUAUUUUUGCUUUGACACCUCAACAAGUUAGAGAGAUAUGCAUAUCCAGGGAUUUUUUGCCAGGUGGUAGGAGAGAUUAUACAGUCCAAGUUCAGUUGAGACUUUGCCUGGCAGAAACAAGUUGCCCUCAAGAAGAUAACUAUCCCAAUAGCCUAUGUAUAAAAGUAAAUGGGAAGCUGUUUCCUUUGCCUGGCUACGCACCACCACCUAAAAAUGGGAUUGAACAGAAGCGCCCUGGACGCCCCUUGAAUAUUACAUCUUUAGUUAGGUUAUCUUCAGCUGUGCCAAACCAGAUUUCCAUUUCUUGGGCAUCAGAAAUUGGAAAGAAUUACUCCAUGUCUGUAUAUCUUGUACGACAGCUCACAUCAGCCAUGUUAUUACAGAGAUUAAAACUGAAAGGUAUUAGAAACCCUGAUCAUUCCAGAGCACUAAUUAAAGAAAAACUUACUGCAGAUCCUGAUAGUGAAAUUGCUACAACUAGCCUUCGGGUAUCCUUGAUGUGCCCUUUAGGAAAAAUGAGGCUGACAAUCCCAUGCCGUGCAGUGACUUGUACACAUCUGCAGUGUUUCGAUGCUGCCCUUUAUCUACAAAUGAAUGAGAAGAAGCCCACCUGGAUUUGUCCUGUGUGUGACAAAAAAGCCGCCUAUGAAAGUCUAAUAUUAGAUGGGCUUUUUAUGGAAAUUCUCAAUGACUGUUCUGAUGUGGACGAAAUCAAAUUUCAAGAAGAUGGUUCUUGGUGUCCAAUGAGACCGAAGAAAGAAGCUAUGAAAGUAUCCGGCCAACCGUGUACUAAAAUAGAAAGUUCAAGUGUCCUCAGUAAGCCUUGUUCAGUGACUGUAGCCAGUGAGGCAAGCAAGAAGAAAGUGGAUGUUAUUGACCUAACAAUAGAAAGCUCUUCUGAUGAAGAGGAAGACCCUCCUGCCAAAAGGAAAUGCAUCUUUAUGUCAGAAACACAAAGCAGCCCAACCAAAGGGGUUCUCAUGUAUCAGCCAUCUUCUGUAAGGGUGCCCAGUGUGACUUCGGUUGAUCCUGCUGCUAUUCCGCCUUCAUUAACAGACUACUCAGUACCAUUCCACCACACGCCAAUAUCAAGCAUGUCAUCAGAUUUGCCAGGUUUGGAUUUUCUUUCCCUUAUUCCAGUUGAUCCCCAGUACUGUCCUCCUAUGUUUUUGGAUAGUCUCACCUCACCCUUAACAGCAAGCAGUACGUCUGUCACCACCACCAGCCCCCAUGAGAGCAGUACUCAUGUUAGCUCAUCCAGCAGCAGGAGUGAGACAGGGGUCAUAACCAGCAGUGGAAGUAACAUUCCUGACAUCAUCUCAUUGGACUAAAGGAGGACUCACUUGAUUCUGGGAAUCAUUCAUCAAAAUUGCUCUUUCUUGGAUUUCUGGUUUGUGGAAGCUAUAUUUUUGACAAUUUGGUAUUUAUUGAAAUGUCAAAUGGAUUCUUUUGCUUUCUAAGAGAUAACACAGAUGACUGCAUCAAGAACCAAAUGGCAUGGAAGGAUUUUUCUUACUUGUGCUGUACUUUGAGCAUCGGAUACAUUCAGCCAAAACUGUACUUUCUUAAGAGAUGGAUUUCAAUUUCAUACAUUGCUGGAUGGAUCCUACAAAUGAGUUGAAGAUUUUUUUGUUACAAUAAACAGCAAUAAAAGUUAUGUAAAUAUUCAAGUAAACUCUUUUCUAAUUAAAAAAAAAAAAGAUGUAAUCACUGAUUCUAGAAUGACAGCAACUUCUGUUUAGCCUGCUGUGAAGGAAAAAGUAUUUGGAAAGAAGUAUGUUUGCCGAAUGAGUCCUUUCCACGGAGAUUUGUUCUAUUUUGUUGAAAUAAUGAAGUUUCUGUAAGUGGCCAAAGCUUGAGUUCCACUUUUCUUCUUGCAGUUCCACUUUUCUUCAUGAUCCCAUCAAAGAAAAAUGGGCUUUAUGUUACACAUUUUUCCCUGGUUAUCAGUUAUCACUUUGACAUUGUUUGCUAGUGGAUGCAGAGUAAAGUUCUGGAAUUUGGCUGCUCUUUAUUAGUGAUUAUGUUUAAGGAACUCUGUGCAGAUUCUGUCCUGACACAAUGUAUUAUUUUUGGUAACUGUACAUUCUCAUUCUAGAGUUUUCCAUAAAUUUGGGACUUCUCAAAGAAAGAAAUUCUAUGUAGCCAUCGAAUGAAAUGUUUUGGGGGUAAAGUGUAGCUGGGGUGUUUGUUAGAAUUUUGCUCACACUGUCAAGAAAUAUUGAUAGGUUGGAGGCAGCAAAAGAACAGAUUUUGGGAGGUAGAAAUAACAAAACUUAGUUUCUUCCUAAAAAUUUGCUCAUUUAUUUUAUAGAAUAAUAUAUAAAAUCUUUGAAACUUUUCAUAUUUUAGUAGCACUGAAAUAGAACAUUUGUUUUAGAUCUCUGAUCAUAUUUCUCACCAAUUAAUUUCAACCUCAGCAAUGAUUUUCAAACUUCGGGAAAAAGACAAAUAAUAGCAAGCGAGGAGGACAGCAUCAGAUCCUUACCUCCCCUUUUUAAAAAAGAAAAUCUUUCCUAAAAACACAAAGAUGAAACAAUUAGAAAUGUUUGAGUUAAAGUGAGGGAAGGGUUUGGGAGGAUGUGCCUGAAGCCCACUUCAUGUCUCACUCCAUGCCACCACCAAACACUCCAGGUAACCCCUAUGGUUUUACUGGCUGCAUUUUGAAAAUCACUCUCCUAAACAGUGUUUUAUUUUAAAUCACUCCAAAAACUGAGUUUUACUCUUAGAGAAACAUUUUCAUCCAAAUUUUAUAGUUUGCUUCAUUUGGGUUCCUAAGUCAUUUUUGAGUUCUCAAGGAUUUAGUACUUUUCUAGAGUUUAGCUUUCUCUCCCUAAGCUGUAUCUGCUUUAAAAACAGACUUUUUUUUUUUUAAUGGCUUAUCUAAUUGAUUCUCAAACAGAAGUGCCCAGAUGAGGACUCUCCAAUUUAGUUAGAACAGGGACACAUAAGGGUUGGUGUAACUCCAGGGAGCUGACUUAUCCCUACUUGGUGUUUUAUACUUUCUCAAGGUUUCGUGGCCUUUGUGUGCUCUUUUUGUACUGAUUUAAUUUCUUCUGGUUUUCUACAUCAUCCCUUUGGCUACAUUAUCCCCUUAUUUAAUGUAUUAUCCUUUGGGAGGGCUGUUUAUUAUUAAAGACAUGGGGGGGGGAAAUAACACCUGAAUCUUUCAAGAGUAGUUAAACUGUAGUUGUCAGUUUUGCCUUUGUAGUCAUUAGAUUUCUAGUCCUUGUUACAGUCUUUUGGUCCAGAUGUAGAAUUUCUUCUUAGAAAGAUUUUCUGUUGCUGCUCAAAAUGCAGAUGCAAUUUCUGUUGACUCUGUAAUCAGAUAGAAAAAGUAACCUGAUUAGUGUGGUAUCUAUCAUUUGUUAAUAAAGAAGUGAUGUAUAUUUGUUAUCAUUUUGUUACCCUAUAGAUUCUUAGAGACUCCUUUCCCCCAGUUUAAUCAACAGAGUUUUAUACAGUAAAUGAAAAUAUUAAUA